AUGAUUCCAUCACUUCCUAGAUCGACUUCCUACUCGUCCGACUCGGACUUCCUCAAGUAUGACGGGCUCCGCGCGCACCUCAAGCUGCAGAACAUCGAUUUCGUCACCGAGAACGACAUCCACGCCAAGAAGAAGAAGAAGUUUAAGAAGUACAAGCGGAUCGUUAUCUGCUGCGACGGAACAUGGCAGCGGUCGGAUGGUGCCGAGAAGGCACCGCCAUCAAAUGUGACACGGCUGUCGAGAGCGAUAAAGUCGUACUCGAAGCACGACAAGGUUCUUGGUGGUGGGACUGGUGUGGGGCUCGACGACAACAUCCGCACUGUGUACGGCUUCCUCGCGCACAACUAUCACAAGCACGAUGAGAUAUUCCUGAUCGGGUUCUCACGAGGCGCCUACACGGCGCGCUCCGUGUGCGGGCUGAUCAGCGCCAUCGGCGUGCUGACGAAGAAGGGGAUGAACGAUUUCUCGGAGGUGUGGAGGGCGUAUACACGCAACGAGUACACGCCAGAGAAGAUCCAGGAACUGUGGGCCAAGGGCGAGAAGUAUGUCAUUCCAGUCAGGAAGGUGUGCAUCAAAGCGAUUGGGUGCUGGGAUACCGUUGGAGCGCUCGGGGUCCCGUCGAUAGAGAUAAAGCUCCCUUUUGUAGGCAAGAAAAGGGUCACUACCGUAGACACGGGCCACAAACAGAUUGGAUUCCACGAUGUCGGUCUCUCUGAGGUUGUUGAAAACGCCUUCCACGCCCUCGCCAUCGACGAGCACCGAGGCCCCUUCACACCAACCCUAUGGAAGAAACCCGUCGGCUCCAAAACAAACCUAAAGCAAGUCUGGUUCCCCGGCGUGCACACCAACAUCGGCGGAGGCUACGAGAACCAGGAGAUCGCCGACGUAACACUCGGCUGGAUGAUCCAGCAACUCAGUCCCUUCCUCGAAUUCAGCAGAACCAAUCUCAUCGAAAUCCUCCAGAACGAUGUGCAUGACGAGCUAACAGGGCUCAAGGACCCAAUGCUUCAAUGGGCAGGCGGGAAGAUCGAGAACUCAGCGGAUAACCUGCUGAUGUGGCUCAUGAGCGGGGUGCAUAGAUCGCCGGGGGCGUAUCUGGACGAGGAGGAUGAGAAGCAGGGGAUGUGUACGCAUGAGAGCAUGCACAGGUCGGUCAGUAUCAGGUACCGCAUGGACCCGAGCUGGAGACCGGCCGCGCUCAGGGGAUGGUCGUAUGACGAGAUUGAGGGUCGCUGGGACCACCUUGAUGGGAGGUCGUUGAAGGAGGAUUCGUUGGAGGCAGCUGAGAGGUUUCUGGCGGGGAAGUGGGUGAUGGAGAAUAUGUGCUAUGAGAAGUGGUCGCCGAAUUGGUCGAGGUGGCGUUAA